AUGCACACUUUAUCGACACUUUUCGCCUUCGCGGUUCUUGUUCCAGGAACCCUCUGUGCUGCAUCCAGCCAGCCCAUCCCUGUUGCUCCGUCGCCUGAGCCAAUUGAGGUCAUUGAACUCCCACUGCCGCCUGUGUCUCCUAGCAACGACAUAGGUGCUUGCAGCAAAGAGGUCAACCCUAACGGAACUGGAUGCAUCUCGAAAACAACUAAGCCAGAGGAAUUCCAAGCUGGUGACUUUACGCCAGAUGGUCAAAAUGUUAUUGUUAAUGUCAUCUUCACUGGUGCACCAGCAGCUCCGGACCCAGCUAGUAUCUACUCUGGCGAGCAGGUCAUUCUGAUCAAAGCCGACGGCACUACCUUUUCCAAUGGCGAUACGUGGAAGUGCCUUAGCUGCGGUGUCCCAGCAGAAAACGCUCAGUCACUCGAUCCACAGCGAGACUACCCACAUGUCUUCCGCAGCGGCGACAAGGCUCUCUGGGGUCACAACGUUCUCGAUUGCGGCGGCGAGCAGCUGGCUAGUGAUGAAUGCACUCCCGAGAACACGCACAUCUAUCCUAUUCACUGGACAGUCACUGCUGACGGCUCCGGGCCAGGAGGAGCUCCCCGUGAGUUACGACUUCACCCGGACGACCAGCAUAUCGGAUUCAGUUCUUUUACAAAUGUUGGUGGCCAAUAUGCUUAUCUUGGACGCCUAAGUUUCAGUGAGAACCCAACGACUGGCGAACCACGUGUACCCCGUUACGAUAUAGUCAACGUUAAUGCUCUGGUGGACCCGAAGAGUAAAGGGCGUCUUUAUAGCGAUGGUACAGAACUGAAGAUCGAUAAUGACGCUAUUACUGUUGGCGAGCUCCGCGGAUUCAGUGGAACUGGCGAUGAAGUCACUUACAUUGGCGCCACGGUCGAAGCGAAUAAUAUCGAUGUUUUUGCUACCCAUCUUGAAACUGGCAAAACACGUCGCCUAUCUAGCCAUCCUGAAUAUGUUGACCCAAUGACUUUCUCUUAUGAUAAUAAGUGGAUGGUCCUUAUGGAUACGCGUGGUUCAGACCGACAGAUGUGGAUGGCUGGUAUGCGUGGUAUUCCACCGCUGAUUGACGUUUUGACUAUUGCUGCUGCGUCUACUACCCGCAACAACGGCGCGCGACGAUUCUUCCAGCCUAUUCUGCUUGAUGGAUACGGUGACCGGGAUCCAUACUAUGGCCAGCAAAUUAACGCAAAGGGUGAUGGCAGCAACGGCAGCGUUAAUGACCCAAACUGGAACGGUCGAGCCGAUCCUGCGUUUAGCAAAGAUGGCACCAAAAUCGUUUUUUGGCAGACUCUCGUAGUCGCUCCAGCUUGCGGCGGUGUCAACCCGUUGCCAUGCCCCCAGUCAACUGCUCAGGGUGGGCGUGAAUACAGGGUUAUGCUUGCAAAGCUGACCAGCCGCGAGCCAACGACGCCGCCGCCUGUCUUCAAGGUGCCUGACAUGAUUCCCUGGGCGGUUCAGUUCCAACCAGGAACCGAGAUCCCACCCAAGUCAUACUUGUCGCCUGGCGAAUACACGCUCGCUGGCAAGAAGUCCGGCAGCGCUAAUGUGUCCCUGCUGCCUGAUGAGGCGGGCCAAAUUGAUACCGUCGCCGUCAACUACAUGGACUAUUCCGAUGAUGGAACGCACAUUAUCAAUGGCUACGAGAAUGUGACAAGAUCUAUCCCGGGGGGAAACCCUUGGAAUAACCACUUGGACUGGUAUUCCGACCUUGUCCAAACUGGGGCUACACAAGCCACCAAGAAGACCUCGCAUGAUGGGUUCCAUCUUACAAUCAACAUAGGCCAAUCCGGAUUCAAUGCGACGGGUGAGCUUACAACUACUAUCGACGGCAAAGUUUAUAGACAGCCCGCCAACUUUACGUAG